UCCAAGGGAUCGCCUGAUUUCCGAGAAGCUUUGCCUAUGAUAAAAGAAAGCACGAAGGUCGAGUCUUCGUUUUAUGUCCCUCUCCUACAGGAAUGCAUAGACCAGGUUUCACUUUCCAACGCUGAAGCAGUUCAUGCCCACAUCAUGAAAUCCGGUACCCAUCAAGAUCUAUUCAUUUCGACUUCUCUUGUGAACGUUUACGGGAAAUGUGGAUCCAUGGAAAACGCACAGAAAGUAUUUGAUUCCAUGCUGAGAAGAAAUGUUGUCGCAUGGACGGCGCUGGUAACGGGUUAUGUUCAGAAUUCCCAACCAGAGACCGCGAUCAGUGUGUUUCAGGAUCUGCUCAAAGGAUUGAAGAUGAAACAAGCGUCGGAAACUCGCUUUGCAGCCUAUACUCGAGCCAUGGCCACUUGGAUUCUGCUGCCACUGCGUUUCAGAAGAUCUGGGAAAAGAAUGUGGUUUCAUGGACUGCAGUGAUCUCUGCCUGCGGAAGAAAUGGCAAAUCUCUAAAAGGAUUGAGAUUAUUUCUCGAAAUGUUGGCCGAGGGAGUUGCACCUAACGAGUUCACAGUCACCGUCGUGUUGAGCUUGUGCUGCACCAUGUCAUAUCUUGGCAUAGGAUCGCAGCUGCAAUCACUGAGUACGAAACUCAGAUUCGACUCGAACUUACGGGUUAAAAACUCGCUCAUGUAUCUAUACCUGAAAUGCGGAUUGACGAUGGAGGCCGAGAAGCUCUUUGAUGGAAUCGGUUCAGCUAGCUUAGUGACAUGGAAUGCUCUAAUCGCAGGCCAUGCCCGGAUAAUGGAAACUAGUGACGAUGAUCUCUCGACACAUGGAAGCGGAACUGAGGCUUUGAGGAUAUUCCUAAACCUACAACGUUCGGAUUUGAGACCCGAUCUGUAUACAUUUUCAAGAGCAGAUCCAUUCUCAAGCGAUUAAAACCGGGUUUUUGUCAGAAGUAGUUGUGGGAACGGCUCUGGUGAACAUGUACAAUAGGUGCGGAAGCAUAGAAAAUGCGAGUAAAGCCUUCACAGAGAUGUCAACGAAGACAUUGAUAUCUUGGACGUCAAUGAUUUCGGGAUUGGCAAGCCGUGGGAAAUCCAAUAGAGCGUUAAAACUGUUCGACGAGAUGAGAAAGAAUGGAGUUACACCGAAUGAGAUAACCUUCACGGGCGUUUUAUCGGCUUGGACAUUACGGAUGUAUCAUUGAAAUGUUCGUUAGAUCGGGUCGGAUAGAAGAAGCCCUUGAAUUCAUCAACUCCAUGAAUCUCCAACCGAACGAGUACAUUUGGUCGGUAAUUCUCGUUGGUUGCAGAGCUCAAGGAAAUACGGAACUAGCUUUUCAUGCAGCUGAGGAGCUUCUCAAACUCAAACCGAAAGAGCCCGAAACGUACGCCUUGUUAUUGAACACAUAUUUAUCGGCCGAAAAGCUUGAAGAGGUCUCGAGAUUGGAGGCACUGAUCAACGAUGAGAACGUCGCAACGAAAGAGAAUUGGAGUUGGAUCACCGUCAAAGACAAGGUUCAUUCGUUCAGACCCGAUGAUCGGACGCAUUCUCGGAGCGAGGAGAUAUACAAAUGCUUAGAGAAGGCCCAGACGAAUGGACCCGAGAUUCAGCGGGUAAAUGAGCUAGAGACAGUCGAAGGCGAGAACGAGAGGAAGAUCUCCACUUCUGCCGUCGUAUAUGACAGCGAGAAGUUGGCUCUCGGGUUAGGACUGUUAUCCACACCAGAGGCUGCGGUAAUAAGGAUCGUGAAAAGCGUGAACAUGUGCAGUGAUAGCCAUAGUUUUAUGAAGAUGGUGUCGAUGCUUACUGGUAGAACCAUCGUUAUCCGAGACAGCAAACGGCUUCACAGAUUCGUAGACGGGCAUUGCUCGUGCGGGGAAACGUUCGUCUCCAUUUUUCUGCGGAAUUUGAAAGCCAUGUAACCAGACAAAGAACUGUUUAAAGUGUUAGCACAUAAGAAGAGCUGAGAAGUUACACAGCAAAAGGAGAAACACUUCAUUUCUUCUUCAUCAAAACAGGUCAGUUCUAUUAAAAGAAAAACUCCCAUUGUGUAUCCAUUCAACACUCUUGUACGUUUUCAUUCUAACAUUACCAGUAAGUAAAUGCAGAAGGGGAAAGGAAAAUUUACGUGUAUGCAAAAAGGGUUUAGGGUUCAGGACCAAACAAGAAAUGCCAACACAUGCUUUCGGUUU